AUGGAGCCCCUCUCCUUCCACAACUACAUCUGCUCCCUGGACCCCGCCACCCUGCCGCGGGUGCUGAAGAUCUGCUCGGGGGUCUAUUUCCAGGGCUCCGUGUAUGAGGUGGACGGUAACGAGUGCUGUCUGUCCACCGGGGACUUGAUGAAGAUCACGCACAUCCAGCUCCAGAAGGUCAUCUGUAAGAACCCAGACACGGGCCAGACCAGGGAGCUGCCACCUGAUUUCUCAGGUCACUUCUGCCCCAUCCCCAGGAGCACGGCCGCCUACGCGUUCGCCAGCCUGGAGGACCUGUUAGCUGCCGCCACCCCCAGUGGGCUGCCCGUCUGCUUCACCUCGGCCUGGGAUCUCCAGGUGGGGGGCCGCGUGCUCCCCGGGGGCCAGCCAGUCACGCUGACCUCCGUGGAGCUGCGCCACGGCCAGCGCCACGGCCGCUGCGAGAUCAGGGAGGGGGCUGCCGGGUCCCCACCGCUCCUGCUGCCCCUGGCCCUGUCCGGCCAGUUUCAGCGGUGGGAGCCGAACUCAAGGCUGACACUGCUCCAGGCCCUGCGCUCCCAGGCCCUCGGCGCCCGCCGCUUCCACUGCGCCAACCUCCGCUGGGCCUCCGUCGUCCUAACGCCGCUCUACGAGGUCCAGGCUAUCAUGCAGAUGCGCAAGGACGUAGUGAAGAUCCCGUCCAGCCUCGAGGUGGAUGUGGAGGACGUGACGGCCGUGUCCGGCCACGUGCACUUCGUCAAGCCAGUACUGCUGAGCGAGGUCCUGGCCCGCGGGGGCCCGUUCCCCGUGGAGGCGGAGAUCCUGGAGGGCCCGGCCGGGGGCCCUGUCUUCGAGAGCGCCUGGAUGGGGGCCCUGCGCAAAGGCCGGCGGCUCCGGCUCCACGGCCGCGCCCCGGCCUGGCGCCUGCUGGCCACCGCCGGCCGCAAGGCCCCGCGGCGCUUCCUGGUGUCCAGCGAGUACCGGGGGCUGUUGCGUCGCAGGCCGCGCGAGUUCCCCACGGCCUUCGACCUGCUGGCGGGGCUGGGUCCGGGCGGGCCGCUGCGCGUGGUGGUCACGCGGGACUGCGAGGGCGAGGGGCUGGCCGUGGCACUGGGCGUAGGCGACCGGCUGGAGGUGCUGGGCCCGGCUCACGACGGCGGGCUGGGGGGGCUGGAGUGCGCCCGGCUGGGCGGGCCCGGCGAGCCCGGCGAGGACCGGGAGCUGCUGGUGCUGCCCCUGCCCCUGGCGGGCGGGUUCGUGGAGGAGCUCGGCGACGGUCGGCGCUACUCCCUGGACGAGGUCACCACCCGCUUCCCACUGCCCGUGGAGGUCAAGGUGGCCGCCGGGGACCCGACCCUGCCCUCCGACCCGCUGGGCGUCCUGCCGGCCGUGCGGCUGGAGGAGCGGGUGGCCGAGCCCUUCCUGGUGGCCAGCCUGGGUGAAACCCCUCCCGGUGCUGUAUCCGCCGCCUUCGAGAUUCCGCCCCGGUGGCUGGACCUUCUGGUGGUGCUGUCCGGGGGCCCGCCGGCCUGGGGUGGGGAGCACCCCCGCCCAUCCCCUGUGGAGGAGCUCACGGAAGCCUUCUACUUCCGUCUGCGGAGGGAGCUGCCCAGCGAUGCCCCCCCGCCUCCUCGGCCCCCCAAGGGCCCGGAUGCCGCCCGGCAGUCCAAGGCUGGGGGCUCCGCCUGCCGGCGGCGCAGCCAGGAGACUCCAACGAAGUCUCCGCCUGCAGUGGGGCCAAAGAGCCCGGGGCCAAGUCUGCAGUCACCCACCCCGGCCAAGAUGCUGCCCACUCCAGCGACGACACUGCACACUCCGGCCAAGACGCUACCUGCUCCGGUCAAGGCACUGGGCUCCUCGGCAAAUCCGAAGGUCUCCCCGAAUGCCUACAGUGGGGUCCCCAAGAGAGUAAAACAGCCCCCAAAGAAACUGCCGCACAAAAAGUUGUCAGGUGACAGCGACUCGGACCACGACUACGAGAUGGUGGAUGAGGAUCUGCAGGAGACCAUCCGCCGGAUGAAGGAAGCGGCGCUCCACUACUAAGAGGCGGCAGAGCAUAGGCCCUGCGCAAGGAAGACCGACAUCAAGUCGCCCGUCUGCUGCCACACCGGAGACCGGGUGCCCUGGGGCAGUCACCACCGUGGGCAUGGGCAACCCAACCUCGGCUUCCACAUUCCUGGCCGUGACCCAUUCUGGCCCCACGGACCGUCCUCCCGAGCAACAGCCCGACCGCGUGCUAAGACCUCGAGGGCAUCAGAACCAGGCGGGCACCCUCCUUCCCGAUCUUGGGAGCUGCACCCCGGCACAAACACGGCUGGGUUUGUCUACCCCUGCUACAACCGGGUCGGGGGCACGUGGGCGAGGGGGUGGCUCUGAGCCCAUGCUCUGCCGUAUCUGGGGUCCAGCUCUCCUUAGCACAUCUGUCCGGACCUGUACACCGCCUUCUGAGCACUCAAAUCAUUCAAGUAAAGUAACUCUU